AGCGGCGGCGGGGCGCGACGCGGGGCUUGGCGUGGUCGUGCACCAAGACAGCGAAGACUUCGCCUACGUGCGCCGACCAACCGCCGGAAUAGAGCGCGGGUGCCGCAUGCCGCCGGCGAGACAUGGCACGGCGAGGGACAGCAUGGCGUGGUGCAUGCUGCGCUGCCGCGUCGCCGCAGUGCGCGUGCUGUGCGCAUGCACGCCACAUCUCUACAAGCCGCUGUACCCAGACAAUGACUACGAAACCUGCUCCUUGGAUCACCUGCUGUGCCUCAGCAAAUACCGAGAGACGCUGCAGUCCUACGCCACGCAGGAGGCGGCGGGGGCGGGAGAGCAGGAGUCGGAGGUGGGUCUGCGCUGCCCGCACUGCCGCCGCGACUGCGCGCGCCUGCAGUACUCUGUGCGUAGCGCACACUCCCAGUACCACCACCUGCCCAAGCUCUUCAAAAACAUACUAUCCCGUGACAUAUCCUUCGUAAACACGUCGGUGAUCCGCGUGUACUUCGCGCGCUCGCACCAGGACCUGCUGGUGGCGGAGACCAACCUGCGCUGGUUCCAAAUCUUUAGUAUGCAGAGCAGUCAGUGGGUGUGUGUGACGGGUGUGACGGCGGUGAGUGUGCUGCAGCUGCUGUACCACGCGGGGCCGCGCUUGCGACACCACUGGAGCCGGCGCAUGCGACUAGUCGCCCGCCGCGCGCGCCGCUGGUCGCUCCUGGGCGCCCAGCCCCGCUCUACUCUCACUUCCCACCGACUUCUAAAAUUCGAUAUUUCGAUGGAUCAUUAGUGCACCCUGCUUCAAAUUACGUCGCCUUUGCCACAACAAAAGGAAGGCGGAAGGAGGCUGGAGGAGGAAGGUCACUUUCCUGGUAUUUAUUUGUUGUAGACGCGGCGUCAGAAGUUUGGGAUGGUUAAAUAAAAAUAUUCGGCUGGUAACUUUGCUUUAUUACAUACAAUUCUACAAGUCACGAAGUUCUUGUUCGAAGUUAAUUUCGAGUUUGUGUGAGUUCAGUAAAUGAGUUCUCCAUAAACAAUUGUAUCACUUUCAAUCAAUAAAUAACAAAAUCGUACUCGUGUUCAAAAUAAAUAAAUAAUAUCACUAACAAAUGUUUUUAAUUU